AUGGAGCCCAAGGUGGUGUUUGCCAAGGAGCAGCCGGCACGCAGUGAAGUUCAGGCCGUGGUGGGGUCCAGUGCCACACUGAGCUGCGAGGUGGCCCAGGCCCAGACGGAGGUGACGUGGUACAAGGACGGAAAAAAGCUGUGUUCGAGCUCGAAAGUGCGUGUGGAGGCCACGGGCCGAGUGCAGCGGCUGGUGGUGCAGCAGGCGGGCAAGGCAGACGCCGGGGAGUACAGCUGCGAGGCCGGGGGCCAGAGCGUCUCCUUCCACCUGGAUGUCACAGAGCCCAUGGUGGUGUUUGCCAAGGAGCAGCCAACACGCAGUGAAGUGCAGGCCAUGGCGGGAGCCAGUGCCACGCUGAGUUGCGAGGUGGCCCAGGCCCAGACGGAGGUGAUGUGGUACAAGGAUGGGAAGAAGCUGAGUGCGAGCUCAAAAGUGCGUGUGGAGGCCAAGGGCUGCACCCGGAGGCUGGUGGUGCAGCAGGCAGGGAAGGUGGAUGCUGGAGAGUACAGCUGUGAGGCCAGGGGCCAGAGGGUUUCCUUCCACCUGGAUGUCACAGAGCCCAAGGUGGUGUUUGCCAAGGAGCAGCCGGCACGCAGUGAAGUGCAGGCCGUGGCGGGGGCCAGUGCCACGCUGAGCUGCGAGGUGGCCCAGGCCCAGACGGAGGUGACGUGGUACAAGGACGGAAAGAAGCUGAGUUCGAGCUCAAAAGUGCGUGUGGAGGCCAAGGGCUGCACCCGGAGGCUGGUGGUGCAGCAGGCGGGCAAGGCAGACGCCGGGGAGUACAGCUGCGAGGCCAGGGGCCAGAAGGUCUCCUUCCACCUGGAUGUCACAGAGCCGGAACUUGAGCCCCCGACCCUGGAGAGACCCAGACGCAGGGAACCUCUGGUGAUCAGGGAACACGAGGACAUCGUCCUGACAGCCACGCUGGCCACACCCACUGUGGCCGCGGUGACGUGGCUCAAGGACGGUGUGGAGAUUCGCAGCAGCAAGCGGCACGAGAUGGCCAGCCUGGGGGACACCCACACCCUGACUGUGCGUGACGCGCAGACCCUGGACAGUGCCGUCUACAGCUGCCGCCUGGGUGCAGAGGAGCAGGACUUCCCGGUGCAGGUGGAAGAGGUGGCUGCCAAGUUCUGCCGUCCCCUGGAGCCCGUGAGCGGGGAGCUGGGCGGCACAGUGAAGCUGGUCUGCGAGCUGAGCCCGGCGCAGGCCCAGGUGGUGUGGCGCCGCGGGAGCACGCAACUCCGGGCCGGCAAACGCUUCCAGAUGGCGGCCGCGGGGCUUCAGCGCUCGCUCACUGUGUCGGGCCUGCGGGCAGAGGAUGCGGGGGAGUACGUGUGCGAGAGCCGCGAUGACCACACCAGCGCCAUGCUCACCGUGAGCGUCCCCCGCGUGGUCAAGUUCACGUCUGGGCUGAGCGCGGUGGUCGCGGAGGAGGGCUGCGAGGCCACCUUCCAGUGCAUGGUGACUCCCAGCGACGUGGCGGUGACGUGGUUCCGGGAUGGCGUCAAGCUACAGUCCAGCGAGAAGUUGCUCAUAUCGCAGAAGGGUGCCAGCCACAGCCUGACUAUCUUGGGCCUGGCCCUGGAGGAUGCCGGCCAGAUCACCGCGCAGGCUGAGGGCAUCAAGACCGUGGCUGCCCUCCGGGUCCGAGAGGCCCCGGUGUUGUUCAAAAAAAAACUGGAGCCACAGACUGUGGAGGAGCGGAGCUCGGUGACCAUGGAGGUGGAGCUGACGCGGCCAUGGCCGGAGGUCAAGUGGACACGCAACGCCGCGGCCCUGGUGACAGGCGAGAACGUGGAGAUCCACGCCGAGGGCUCAAGUCACCGCUUGGUUCUCCGCAGUGUGGGUUUCGCUGACCGUGGUUUCUAUGGCUGCGAGACGGCAGAUGAUAAGACGCAGGCCAAGCUGACUGUGGAAAUGCGCCAGGUCCGGCUGGUGCGGGGCCUGCAGACAGUGGAGGCGCAGGAGCAGGGCACAGCCACAAUGGAAGUAGAGCUGUCCCAUGCUGAUGUGGAGGGCAGCUGGACUCGAGAUGGCCUUCGGCUCCAGCCGGGACCCACGUGCCAGCUGGUGGUGCACGGCCCCACCCAUACCCUUACGCUGUCUGGGCUGCAGAGGCAGGACAGUGGCCUGGUUUCCUUCAGGGCGGAGGGCGUGCACACAUCUGCGCGGCUGAUGGUCACUGAGCUGCCUGUGAAGUUCAGCCGCCCUCUGCAGGAUGUGGUGGCCACGGAAAAGGACAAGGUGGUCCUGGACUGUGAGCUGUCACGCCCCAAUGUGGAUGUGCGCUGGUUGAAGGAUGGUGCGCAGCUGCAGGUGAGCAAGACAGUGGGCAUGGUGGCCCAGGGGGCCUGCAGGAGUCUCAUCAUUUACCGAUGUGAGCGUGGGGACCAGGGCGUGUAUGUGUGUGACGCCCACGAUGCUCAGAGCUCGGCCUCCCUGACGGUGCAAGGCCGAAAUGUCCAGAUCGUGAGGCCUCUGGAGGAUGUGGAAGUGAUGGAGAGGGAGGGUGCCACCUUCUCCUGCGAGGUGUCCCACGAUGAGGUGCCUGCCCAGUGGUUCCGGGAGGGCAGCAAGCUUCGGCCCAGUGACACUGUGCGGAUCCGCCAGGAAGGAAGGACAUACACUCUCAUCUAUCGGAGGGUCCUGGUGGAAGAUGCAGGGGAAAUCAAAUUUGUAGCACAAUGUGCAGAAUCACGAGCCCAGCUCCGAGUAAAAGAGCUGCCAGUAUCCAUCCUACGCCCACUGCGGGACAAGAUCGCGAUGGAGAAGCACCGCGGUGUGCUCGAGUGCCAGAUGUCGAGGGCCAGUGCCCAGGUGCGGUGGUUCAAGGGCAGCGUGGAACUGCAGCCCGGGGCCAAGUAUGAGAUGGUCAGUGACGGCCUCUACCGCCAGCUGGUCAUCAACGCCGUCCAGCCUGAGGACGAGGACACUUAUACCUGUGAUGCUGGCGAUGUUAAGACCAGUGCCCAAUUCUUUGUGGAAGAGCAAUCCAUCACUAUCGUGCGGGGCCUGCAGGAUGUGACGGUGGUGGAGCCCGCCCCUGCCUGGUUCGAGUGUGAGACCUCCAUCCCCUCGGUGCGGCCGCCUAAGUGGCUCCUGGGGGAGACGGUGCUGCGGGCAGGGGCUGACGUGGGCAUGGAACAGGAGGGCACAGUGCACCGGCUGGCGCUGCGGCGUACCUGCUCCACCAUGACGGGGCCGGUGCACUUCACCAUCGGCAAAUCACGCUCCACCGCCCGCCUGGUCGUCUCAGACAUUCCCAUGGUGCUCACGCGGCCACUAGAGCCCAAGGUGGGGCGUGAGCUGCAGUCGGUAGUCCUGUCCUGUGACUUCAAGCCACCCCCCAAGACCGUGCACUGGUACAAGGAGGAGACACCCCUGGUGCCGUCUGACAAGUUCAAGAUGGGGCUGGAGGGCCACAUGGCAGAGCUGCGCAUCCUGCGGCUCACGCCCGCGGAUGCUGGUGUCUACCGGUGCCAGGCCGGCAGUGCCCAGAGCAGCGCUGAGGUUACUGUGGAAGCGCGGGAGGUGACGGUGACGCAGCCGCUGCAGGACUUGGAGGUCACGGAGGAGGGCUGUGCCUGCUUCUCCUGCGAGCUGUCCCACGAGGACGAGGAGGUGGAGUGGUCGCUCAAUGGGACGCCACUGUGCAACGACAGCCUCCACAAGAUUACCCAUGAGGGCCGCCGCCACACGCUGGUGCUGAAGCAGGUCCAACAGGCUGACACGGGCACUGUAUGCGCCUCCUCGCCCAAGGUUAUGGCCUCGGCCCGCCUGGAGGUCAAAGGGAAGCCGGUGGUGUUCCUGAAGGCGUUGGACGACGUGUCCGUGGAGGAGUGGGGCACGCUGACCUUGCGGUGCGAGGUCUCUGACCACCAGGCUCGUGUGGUGUGGCGAAAGGACGGCAUGGAGUUGGGCCCCAGUGACAAGUAUGACUUCCUGUACACAGCGGGCACUCGGGGACUCGUGGUGCACAACCUGAGCAGGGACGAUGCUGGCCUGUACACCUGCGACGUGGGCACUGAUGAGACCCGUGCCCAUGUCACCGUGCACGACCUGCACGUGGGCAUCACCAAGAGGCUGAAGACAGUGGAGGUGAUGGAGGGCGAGAGCUGCAGCUUUGAGUGCGUCCUGUCCCAUGAGAACACUGGCGAUGUUGCUGUAUGGAUGGUUGGUGGGAAAACGGUGGGCAGCUCUGGCCGCUUCCGGGCCACACGCCAGGGCCGCAAGUAUACGCUGGCUGUCCGAGAUGCUCUGCCAAGUGACGCUGGGGAGGUGGUCUUCUCUGUGCGGGACCUCACCUCCAAGGCCUCGCUCAUCAUCAGAGAGAGGCCAGUUGACAUUGUGAAGCCACUGGAAGACCAGCGGGCCGUGCUGGGUGAGGAUGUGGUGUUGAGGUGUGAGCUGUCACGGGAGGGGACCCCAGUGUGCUGGCUGAAGGAUGGGAAAGCCAUUCGCAAGAGUAAGAAGUAUGAGCUUCUCGUCGAAGGCACUCGAGCCAUGCUGGUCAUCCAUGCAGCCUCACUCAAAGAUUCUGGCGAGUACACGUGUGAGACGGAGUCUUCCAAAAGCACAGCCAGCCUCCGAGUGGAAGAAAAGCCAAACCAGUUCACGGAGGAGCUGACUGACCUGCAGGUGGAGGAGAAGGGCACAGCUGUGUUCGCCUGCAAGACGGAGCGCCCCGCGGCCUCAGUGACCUGGCGCAAGGGCCUCACAGAGCUGCAAGCCUCGGAGAAGCAUGCUCCCAGCCAGGAGGGCCUGACCUUGAAGCUCACCAUCAGCGCCCUGGAGAAGGCGGACAGUGACACUUACACCUGUGACAUCGGCCAGGCCCAGUCCCAGGCUCGGCUCCUGGUGAAAGGCCAGAAAGUGCUCAUCACGGAGGACCUGGAGGACCUGGAGGUGCAGGAGGGCUCCUCGGCCACCUUCUGCUGCCGUAUCUCCCCUGCCGACUACAAGCCCGUCCACUGGUUCUUGGACAAAACCCCGCUGUCUGCCAAUGAACUCAAUGAGAUCGAGGUCCAGCCGGGUGGCUACCAUGUGCUUACCCUGCGGCAGCUGACCCUCAAGGACUCAGGUACCAUCCAUUUUGAGGCAGGCGACCAGCGGACCUCAGCUGCCUUGCAGGUCGCAGAGAAGCCAAGUGUUUUCUCCCGGGAGCUCACAGAUGCCACAGUCAUGGAGGGGGAAGAUCUGACCCUGGUCUGUGAGACUGCUGCUUUAGACAGCCCUGUGUGCUGGACCAAGGAUGGGAAGGCCCUGCGGCCGUCGGCUCGGUGCCGUCUGAGCUAUGAGGGCCGCCGAGCCCAACUGGUCAUCACUGACACCACCCUUCAGGACGGUGGGCACUACAAGUGUGAGGCUGGGGGUGCCUGGAGCAGCUCCACUGUCAGGGUCCAUGCUCAGCCAGUGCGGUUCCGAGAGGGGCUGAAGGACGUGGAGGUGCUGGAGGGUGGUGCUGCCACACUACACUGCAUGCUGUCAUCGGCGGCCAUGCCCGUGGAGUGGCGUCGUGGAGAUGAAGUUGUGCAGCCUGGAGACAAGUACAGCCUGCGGCAGGAGGGUACCAUGCUGGAACUGCUCAUCCGGGACCUGCAACCUCAGGACAGCGGGCAGUACUCCUGCUGCUUCGGGGACCAGAUGACAUCGGCCAGGCUCACUGUACAGGCCCUACCUGCUGAGUUCAUAGGAAGACUGAGAAGCAAGGAGGCCACAGAAGGGACCACGGCCACACUGCACUGCGAGCUGAGCAAGCCAGCCCCUGUGGAGUGGAGGAAGGGGCCUGAGACCCUCAGAGCUGGAGACAGAGUGAGCCUGAGGCAGGACGGAGCCGUGUGUGAGCUGGAGAUCCGUGGCCUGACCGUGGAGGAUGCUGGGGAGUACUCGUGUGUGUGCGGGCAGGAGAGGACAUCAGCCACGCUCACCGUCAGGGGCCUGCCUGCCAAGUUCACAAAGGGUCUGAGGAAGGAAGAGGCCAGGGAAGGGACCACGGCCACGCUGCACUGUGAACUGAGCAAGGCAGCCCCUGUGGAGUGGAGGAAGGGGCCCGAGACCCUCAGAGCCGGGGACAGAGUGAGGCUGAGGCAGGACGGGGCCGUGUGUGAGCUGGAGAUCCGUGGCCUGGUUGUGGCAGAUGCCGGGGAGUACUCAUGCGUGUGUGGUCAGGAGAAAACCUCAGCCACGCUCACUGUCAGGGCUCUGCCUGCUGAGUUCAUAAGAAGACUGAGAAGCAAGGAGGCCAUGGAAGGGGCCACGGCCACACUGCACUGCGAGCUGAGCAAGGCAGCCCCUGUGGAGUGGAGGAAGGGGCCUGAGACCCUCAGAGCUGGAGACAGAGUGAGCCUGAGGCAGGAUGGAGCCGUGUGUGAGCUGGAGAUCCGUGGCCUGGUUGUGGCAGAUGCUGGGGAGUACUUGUGUGUGUGCGGGCAGGAGAGGACAUCAGCCACACUCACUGUCAGAGCCCUGCCCACCAAGUUCACAAAGGGUCUGAGGAAGGAGGAGGCCACAGAAGGGACCACGGCCACACUGCGCUGCGAGCUGAGCAAGACGGCCCCCGUGGAGUGGAGGAAGGGGCCCGAGAUCCUCAGAGCCGGGGACAGAGUGAGCCUGAGGCAGGACGGGGCCGUGUGUGAGCUGGAGAUCCGUGGCCUGGCUGUGGCAGACACUGGGGAGUACUUCUGCGUGUGUGGGCAGGAGAGGACCUCAGCCACGCUCACUGUCAGGGCCCUGCCUGCCAAGUUCACAAAGGGUCUGAAGAAUGAAGAAGCCAUGGAAGGGGCUACAGCCACCCUGCGCUGUGAGCUGAGCAAGGUGGCCCCUGUGGAGUGGAGGAAGGGGCCCGAGACCCUCAAACCUGGGGACAGAGUGAGCCUGAAGCAGGACGGGGCCAAGUGUGAGCUGCAGAUACAUGGCCUGGUUGUGGCGGACGCCGGGGAGUACUUGUGUGUGUGCGGACAGGAGAGGACUUCUGCCACACUGGCCAUCAGGGCCCUGCCUGCUCGGUUCAUCCAAGAUCUGAAGACCAAGGAGGCCACAGAAGGGACCACGGCCACACUGCACUGCGAGCUGAGCAAGGCAGCCCCUGUGGAGUGGAGGAAGGGGCCCGAGACCCUCAGAGCCAGGGACAGAGUGAGGCUGAGGCAGGACGGAGCCAUGUGUGAGCUGGAGAUCCGUGGCCUGGUUGUGGCAGAUGCCGGGGAGUACUCAUGCGUGUGUGGGCAGGAGAAAACCUCAGCCGUGCUCACCGUCAAGGCCCUACCUGCUGAGUUCAUAGGAAGACUGAGAAGCAAGGAGGCCACAGAAGGGACCACGGCCACACUGCACUGCGAGCUGAGCAAGGAAGCCCCUGUGGAGUGGAGGAAGGGGCCUGAGACCCUCAGAGCUGGAGACAGAGUGAGCCUGAGGCAGGACGGAGCCGUGUGUGAGCUGGAGAUCCGUGACCUGACUGAGGAGGAUGCUGGGGAGUACUCGUGUGUGUGCGGGCAGGAGAGGACAUCAGCCACGCUCACCGUCAGGGGCCUGCCUGCCAAGUUCACAAAGGGUGUGAAGAAGGAAGAGGCCACGGAAGGGGCCACGGUCACGCUGCGCUGUGAGCUGAACAAGGCAGCCCCUGUGGAGUGGAGGAAGGGGCCCGAGACCCUCAGAGCCGGGGACAGAGUGAGCCUGAGGCAGGACGGGACCGUGUGUGAGCUGGAGAUCCGUGACCUAGUUGUGGCAGAUGCCGGGGAGUACUCGUGUGUGUGUGGGCAGGAGAAAACCUCAUCCACCCUCACUGUCACGGCCCUUCCCACCAAGUUCACAAAGGGUCUGAGGAAGGAGGAGGCCACAGAAGGGGCCACAGCGACACUGCACUGCGAGCUGAGCAAGGCAGCCCCUGUGGAGUGGAGGAAGGGGCCUGAGACCCUCAGAGCUGGAGACAGAGUGAGCCUGAGGCAGGACGGAGCCGUGUGUGAGCUGGAGAUCCGUGGCCUGACUGAGGAGGAUGCUGGGGAGUACUCGUGUGUGUGCGGGCAGGAGAGGACAUCAGCCACGCUCACCGUCAGGGGCCUGCCUGCCAAGUUCACAAAGGGUGUGAAGAAGGAAGAGGCCACAGAAGGGGCCACGGUCACGCUGCACUGUGAGCUGAACAAGGCAGCCCCUGUGGAGUGGAGGAAGGGGCCCGAGACCCUCAGAGCCGGGGACAGAGUGAGCCUGAGGCAGGACGGAGCUGUGUGUGAGCUGGAGAUCCGUGACCUGACUGAGGAGGAUGCCGGGGAGUACUCUUGUGUGUGCGGGCAGGAGAGGACUUCUGCCACGCUGACCAUUAGGGCCCCACAGGUGGUGUUCAGGAAGCCGCUGCAGAGCCUGCAGGCUGAGGAGGGCACCUCAGCCAGCCUGCGGUGUGAGCUGUCUGAGCCUGGCGCUGCCGUGGUCUGGAGUAAGGGUGGCCUGGAGCUGCAGGCUGACGAGCGCUGGGAGCCACAGCAGCGGGGCCACGUGGCAGAGCUGGUGCUUCGGGACUUGCGCCGGGAGGACACUGGAGAAUACACCUGCACCUGUGGCUCCCAGGCCACCAGCGCCACCCUCACCGUCACAGUUGCACCCGUGAGGUUCCUUCGGGAGCUGCAGGCCCAGGAGGUAGACGAGGGCGCAACGGCACACCUGCGCUGUGAGCUGAGCCGGGCAGGCGCCAGCGUGGAGUGGCGCAAGGGCUCCCUGCAGCUCUUCCCCUGUGCCAAGUACCAGAUGGUGCUGGAGGGCACAGCCGCUGAGCUGCUGGUGCACGGUGCUGAGCAGGAGGAUGCCGGCCACUACACCUGCGACACAGGCCACGCACAGAGCACUGCGAGCCUCUCUGUCCGCGCCCCUAGGCCCAUGUUUAAGACGGAGCUGCAGAGUGCAGAGCAGGAGGUGGGUGGUGUGGCCCAGCUGUGCUGCCAGCUGAAUGACUCAGAGCCUGGGGCCCCCGUGCUGUGGCUCAAGGAGGGUGUGGAACUGCAAGGGAGUCCCAAGUAUGAGAUGCGACGCAAGGGGGCCACGUGUGAGCUACUGAUCCACGGACUUGAGGCCAAGGACGCGGGCGAGUACGCCUGCAUGGUGGGCAGCCAGAAAACCUUGGCCUCCCUCAAAGUCAAAGAGCCUGAGGUGACCAUCGUGCGGGGCCUGGUUGACACCGAGGUGCAAGCCGACGGGGAAGCAGAGUUCAGCUGUGAAGUGUCACGGGCUGAGGCCGUGGAUGUGGAGUGGCGCCUCCAGGGCCUGCCACUGCAGAGCAAUGAGGUGACCGAAGUGGCCGUGCGGGGUGGCCGCACCCAUACACUGCGGCUGAAGAGCGUGACUCCCGAGGAUGCGGGCAUUGUCUCCUUCCACGUGGGCCUCCACACAUCCUCUGCCCAACUCACCGUCACAGCCCCUGAGGUGACCAUCCUGGAGCCCCUGCAGGAUGUGCAGCUCAGCGAGGGCCAGGACGCCCACUUCCAGUGCCGACUGUCAAGGGCCUUGGGCCAGGAGGCCCGCUGGGCCCUGGGAGGGGUGCCCCUGCAGACCAACGAGAUGAACGACAUCACAGUGGAGCAUGGCACACUCCACUUGCUCACCCUGCACAAGGUGACCCCUGAAGAUGCCGGAACCAUCAGUUUCCAAGUGGGCUCAUGUCGCUCAGAGGCCCAGCUGAAGGUCACAGAGGCAGCACCGUGCCUGGUACGUGGCUUACAGAACGUGGACGUCUUUGCGGGGGAGGUGGCCACGUUCUCCUGUGAGGUGUCCCGUGCGGGUGGGCCGGAGGCCCACUGGUGGCUGGAUGGGACCCUGCUGCAGGACGGCCCCCAGAGUGCCAUCUCCGUGCAUGAUGGGACCUUCCACUCCCUCACGCUCUCAGGCCUGGGGGUCGCUGACUCAGGCACCAUCACCUUCCGGGCAGGGCCCCUGGUCUCCAGGGCCAAGUUGUUGGUCAAAGAUCCCACAGUGGAAGUGGUCAGUGCCAUGCAGGACCUGGCAGUGGAGGAGGGUGGCCCGGCUGAACUCCUCUGCCAGUACUCACGGCCCGUGCAGGCCACGUGGAAGAUGGACGAGCAGGAGGUGUGCGCUGAUGGGCGCCGUGUCAUCAUAGAGCAGGACUGGACCGUGGCCAGGCUGUCCUUCAGGCCGGCCUUGCCCUGCGACAGCGGCAUCUAUACUUGUGAGGCCGCGGGCACCCGCGUGGUGGCCCUGCUGCAAGUGCAAGCCAAGAACACUGUGGUGAGAGGCCUGGAAAACGUGGAGGCGCCUGAGGGCGGUGAGGCGCUGUUCAAGUGCCUCUUGUCGCGGCCGGAGGUGGCAGCCCACACCUGGCUGCUGGAUGACGAGCCGGUGCGCACCUCUGAGAACGCCGAGGUGGUUUACUUUGAGGACGGCCUGCGGCACCUGCUGCUGCUCAGAAACCUGCGGCCUCAAGACAGCUGCCGGGUGACCUUCCUGGCGGGGGACAUGGUGACAUCUGCGUUCCUCACAGUCCGAGGCUGGCGCUUGGAGGUCUUGGAGGCACCCCGGGACACGGCCGUGCUGGCCGGGGGGCGGGCCAGCUUCAGCUGCACGCUCAGCGAGACAGUGCCGGUGGGUGAGGCGACCUGGUACAUAAAUGGAGCCCCGGUGCAGCCUGACGACGCAGACUGGACAGUCACCGCCGAAGGCAGCCAGCACACCCUGCUGCUGCACCGGGCCCAGCUGCACCACGCCGGCGAGGUCACCUUCGCCGCCCGUGAUGCCGUGGCCUCUGCGAGGCUCACUGUGCUGGGCCUCCCCGACCCCCCAGAGGACGCCGAGGUGGUGGGGCGCACUGGCAGCUCCGUGACACUGUCUUGGGUGGCUCCCGCGAGUGACGGCGGAGGCGGUCUCCGUGGCUAUCGGGUAGAGAUGAAGGCAGCGGCCACAGGAGAGUGGCAGCUGUGCCAUGAGCUGGUGCCCGGGCCCGAGUGCCUGGUGGAUGGCCUGACCCCCGGGGAGACCUACCGCUUCCGUGUGGCCGCAGUGGGCGCGGCAGGCGCUGGGGAGCCUGUGUACCUGCCCCAGACAGUGAGGCUUGCAGAGCCCCAGGAGCCCACGCCUGCACCCCCUGCCCCUGAGAGCCGGCAGGUGGCAGCUGGGGAGGACUUGGGCCUGGAGUGUGAGGUGGCCGAGGCCGGUGAGGUCAUCUGGCUGAAGGGAACAGAGCGCAUCCAGCCCAGCGGGCGCUUCCAGCUUCUCUGCCAGGGUCAGCGGCAGACGCUGUUGAUUCGGGACUUCUCAGCGGAGGACCAGGGCGAGUAUCGCUGCGCCCCUGCACGGGAUCCGGUCUCUGUGGCAGCUGCUGCCUUCCAGGUGGUGCUGACCCCAGAAUCUGGGGAUGAGGUCCCUACACAGCCCAGCCUGCCCCCUGAGGCGGCCCAGGAAGGCGACCUGCAUCUCCUGUGGGAGGCCCUGGCCCAGAAGCGCCGCAUGAGCCGAGAGCCUACGCUGGACUCCAUCAGCGAGCUGCCCGAGGAGGAUGGACGCCCGCAGCGCCUGCGGCAGGAGGUGGAGGAGGUGGCUCCUGACCUCUCUGAGGACUCUUCCACGGCUGACGAGCUGACACGCACUGGCGAGGCUGACCUCUCACACACCAGCUCUGACGACGAGUCCCGUGCGGGCACUCCUUCCCUGGUUACCUACCUCAAGAAGGCUGGGAGGGCCAGUGCCUCACCACUGGCCAGCAAGGUUGAGGCCCCAGCAGCCCCUUCUGGGAAGCCACAAAAGCAGCAGGAGAAGCCAGCCUCAGUACCCCCACCACCAGGAGACCUGAGCGUUGGGGACUUGGGUGACCUAUCCAUGGACAAGGCAGCAGUGAAGAUCCAGGCUGCCUUCAAGGGUUAUAAGGUCCGGAAGGAGAUGCAGCAGCAGGAGGGGCCUGUGUUCUGCCGCACGUUUGGGGACACCGUGGCACAGGUGGGAGAUGUCCUGCAUCUGGAGUGUGUAGUGUCCAGCAAGACAGAUGUGCGUGCCCGCUGGCUGAAGGACGGUGUGGAGCUGACUGAUGGCCAGCACCACCACACUGACCAGCUUGGGGAUGGCACUUGCUCUCUGCUGGUCACUAGCCUGGGCCGGGCCGACGCUGGCCACUAUACCUGUCAGGUGAGCAACAGGUUUGGCCGUGUGGCCCACAGCGCCUGUGUGGCGGUCAGUGGGACGGAGAGUGAGACCGAGAGUUCCUCCGGGAGUGAGCUGGAUGACACCCUCCGCCGGGCCGCCCGGCGGCUGUACCGCCUCUUCCGCACGAAGGGCCCGGCAGAGGUUUCAGAUGAGGAGAUCUUCAGUGCUGACGAGGGCAAGGCGGAGCCCGAGGAGCCUGGGGACAGGCAGACAUACCGCGAAGAUGAACAGUCCAUCUGCAUCCGCUUCGAGGAGCUUGCCGAGGCCCGCCGGGCAGCCACCUGCUUCCAGGACAUGUUUGGCACGCUGGACAACAGAGUGGACAUCAGCCUGUCAGAGCAGGGGCUGCAUGGGGUGGAGAUGCGCAUUGGCAAGGUGGCCCCCACCCCCGCAGCGCCUCCGGAGCCAGUACUGGCCGCAGAGGCAGCCCCGGUGUUCCUGACUGAGCUACAGAAUCAGGAGGUGCUGGAUGGGUACCCCGUGAGCUUUGACUGUGUGGUGACAGGCCAGCCCGUGCCCAGUGUGCGCUGGUUCAAGGACGGGAGGGUGCUGGAGGAGGAUGACCACUACAUGAUCAGUGAGGACCAGCAGGGCGGCCACCAGCUCAUCAUCACAGCUGUGGUGCCAGCAGACAUGGGUGUCUACCGCUGCCUGGCUGAGAACAGCGUGGGUGUGUCCUCUACCAAAGCGGAGCUCCGCGUGGACCUGACCAGCACCGACUACGACACUGCUGCAGAGGCCACGGAAACCUCGUCCUAUUUCAGCGCCCGAGGCUACCUGUCCAGCCGGGAGCAGGAGGGCACGGAGUCUACCUCAGAGGAGGGGCAGCUGCCGCAGGUCGUGGAGGACCUGAAAGAUCUCCAGGUGGCCCCCGGCACAGGUCUGGCCAAGUUCCAGCUCAAGGUGAAAGGCUACCCCACGCCUCGACUGUACUGGUUCAAAGAUGGGCAGCCCCUGACUGCAUCUGCACACAUCUGCAUGACGGACAGGAAGACACUGCACACCCUGGAGAUUGUCUCGGUCACCAGAGAGGAUGCUGGCCAGUACUCGGCCUACAUCAGCAACACCGUGGGUGCUGCUUACUCGUCUGCUCGGCUGCUGGUCCGAGGCCCCAAUGAACCAGAAGAGAAGCCAGCAUUCGAUGUACACCAACAGCUGGUGCCACCCCGAUUCCUGGAGAAGUUCACCUCCAAGAAGGUGAAGAAGGGCUCCAGCAUCACCUUCUCAGUGAAGGUUGAAGGAGACCCACCCCCAGCUGUGCAUUGGCUGCGGGAGGAGGCUGAGCAGGGCGUGCUGUGGAUCGGCCGCCACACGCCGGGCUACACAGUGGCCAGCUCUGCCCAGCAGCACAACCUGGUCCUUCUGGAUGUGGACCGACAGCACCAGGGCACCUACACCUGCAUCGCCACAAACGCUGCUGGCCAGGCCCUCUGUUCCGCAAGCUUGCACGUCUCUGGCUUACCUAAGGAGACUGGGGCAGCGGAGGAGCAGGCCAGGGUGAAGGAGGCCCUCAUCUCCACCUUCCUGCAGGGGAUCCAAGCUGUUUCCGAACAGAUGUCGGAACCUUCAGGUUUCACUGACCUCGCUGGGCAGAGGAAAGGAGAGCUCCCGGCAGCAGAGGCCUGUGGCCACCUGUCCUUGGCCGAGGUGGGCACGGAGGAGUUCCUGAAGAAGCUCACUUCGCAGAUCACAGAGAUGGUGUCAGCCAAGAUCACACAGGCCACACUGCAGGUGCCUGGAGGUGACAGCGAUGAGGAGUCCAAGACGCCGUCCGCGUCCCCCCGGCAUGGCCGGUCACGCCCCUCUUCCAGCGUCCAGGAGUCAUCCUCAGAGUCCGAGGAUGGAGACUCCCGGGGAGAGAUCUUUGACAUCUAUGUGGUCACGGCUGACUACCUGCCCCUGGGGGCUGAGCAGGAUGCCAUCUUGCUGCGGGAGGGCCAGUAUGUGGAGGUGCUGGACUCGGCGCACCCGCUGCGCUGGCUUGUGCGUACCAAACCCACCAAGUCCAGCCUCUCUCGGCAAGGCUGGGUGUCUCCUGCCUACCUGGACAGGCGGCUCAAGCUGUCACCUGAGUGGGGGCCAGCUGAGGCCCCUGAGUUCCCCGGGGAGGCUGUAUCAGAGGAUGAGUACAAGACGAGGCUGAGCUCCAUCAUCCGGGAGCUGCUGAGCUCGGAGCAGACCUUUGUGGGCAAGCUGCAGUUCCUGCAGAACCACCACAUGCAGUACCUGGACCACUGCCCCCACGUGCCCACGGCCGUGGCCAGCCAGAAGGCAGUCAUCUUCCGAAAUGUGCAGGACAUCAGCCACUUCCACAGCAGCUUCUCACAGGAGCUGCACAGCUGCGACACGGAUGAUGACGUGGCCAUGUGCUUCAUCAAGAACCAGGCAGCCUUUGAGAAGUAUCUGGAGUUCCUGGUGGGCCGAGUGCAGGCUGAGUCGGUGAUGGUCAGCAUGGCCGUGCAGGAGUUCUACAAGAAAUACACUGAGGAGGUGCUGUCAGCCGCAGAUCCUUCGCAACCACCCCCGCCGUCCCUGCAGCACUUCCUGGAGCAGCCGGUGGAGCGGAUCCAGCAGUACCAGGCCCUCCUCAAGGAGCUGAUCCGCAACAAGGCGCGGAAUGGACAGAACUGUGCACUGCUAGAGCAGGCCUACGCAGUGGUGUCGGCCCUGCCGCAGCGUGCCGAGAACCAGCUGCACGUGUCGCUCAUGGAGAACUACCCGGGCACCCUGGAGGCUCUAGGCGAGCCCAUCCGCCAGGGCCACUUCAUUGUGUGGGAGGGGGCACCGGGUGCGCGGAUGCCGUGGAAGGGCCACCACCGGCAUGUCUUCCUGUUCCGCCACCACCUGGUGGUCUGCAAGCCCAGGCGAGACUCGCGCACUGACACCUUCAGCUACGUCUUCCGGAACAUGAUGAAGCUGAGCAACAUCGACCUGAACGACAAGGUGGAGGGCGAUGACCGUGCCUUCGAGGUUUGGCAUGAGCGGGAGGACUCAGUACGCAAGUACCUGCUGCAGGCGCGGACGGUCAUCACCAAGAACUCCUGGGUGAAGGAGAUCUGUGGCAUCCAGCAGCGCCUGGCCCUGCCCGUGUGGCGCCCCCCGGAUUUUGAAGAGGAGCUGGCCGACUGCACGGCUGAGCUGGGCGAGACAGUCAAACUGGCCUGCCGUGUGACGGGCACACCCAAGCCCAUUGUGAGCUGGUACAAAGAUGGGAAGCCAGUGGAGGCGGACCCUCAUCACAUCCUCAUUGAAGACCCUGAUGGCUCGUGUGCCCUCAUCCUGGACAACCUGACUGGUGUCGACUCUGGCCAGUACAUGUGCUUUGCAGCCAGUGCUGCUGGCAAUGCCAGCACCCUGGGCAAGAUCUUGGUGCAAGUCCCGCCUCGGUUUGUGAACAAGGUCCGGGCAGUGCCCUUUGUGGAAGGAGAAGAUGCCCAGAUCACCUGCACCAUCGAAGGUGUCCCACACCCUCAGAUCAGAUGGUACAAGGAUGGGGCCCUGCUGACCCCUGGGGGCAAAUACCAGACCCUGAGUGAGCCCCGCAGCGGCCUGCUGGUGCUGGAGAUCCGGGCAGCUGGCAAGGAGGACCUGGGCCUCUAUGAGUGUGAGUUGGUGAACCGGCUGGGCUCCAAACGAGGCGGCGCGGAGCUGUUCAUGCAGGGCCCGGCGCUGCAGGCCCGAGAACAGCAGCACGUGGGGCAGCUCGCUGCCGUGGAAGAUGCUGCCAUCCCACCCCCAGAUGCCCUGGGGCAAGUGGACCAGGAGAGCACAUCCAUCCAGAGGACAGUGAUGUACCCUGAGGCGCCGGGACCCACCACAGCGGAACACACCAGCCCCGGCCCCAGACCUGGGGGGCCACCUGGACUCCAGGAGGCCGGCCAGAAUCCCCCAGGAGUGGAGGCUGGGGAUGCACCCGGCGAGCCCCGGAAGGUGCCGCAACCUCCCUCCCACGAGGGCCUGGAGCAGAACUCUCGGGCACACGCUGAGGUCCAGGAACGCAUGGUGCCCAUCCGGAUGGAGGGCGCUGCCUGCCCCAGGGCAGGUGCAACAGAGCUCUGGGACAUCCACAGCCACGUGUUCACAGAGACGAAGCACAGGACAUUUGUGUACCAGGCCAGCGACAUGUGUGCCACAAGGCCCCCAUCCAUGCAGGUCACGAUUGAGGAUGUGCAGGCCCAGAGGGGCGGCGUGGCGCAAUUCCAGGCUGUCAUUGAGGGCAACCCGCAGCCCACAGUGACCUGGUAUAAGGACGGUGCCCAGUUGGUGGAUGGCCCCCGGCUCAGCCAGCAGCAGGAAGGGACCACAUACUCCGUGGUACUAAGGGAUGUGGCCCAGCAUGACGCUGGUGUCUACACAUGCCUGGCCCACAACGCUGGUGGCCAGGUGCUAUGCAAGGCAGAGCUGCUGGUCCAUGGGGCUUCCCCCUCCCUGGCUACAGGCGACAGUGAGCAAAGCUCUAGGAGGAAACUGCACUCCUUCUACGAGGUCAAGGAGGAAAUUGGAAGGGGUGUGUUCGGCUUCGUGAAGAGGGUGCAGCACAAGGGCAACCAGAUGUCCUGCGCCGCCAAGUUCAUUCCCCUGCGGAGCAGGACACGUGUCCAGGCUUAUCGGGAGCGGGACAUCCUAGCAGGGCUGAGCCACCCACUGGUCACUGCACUGCUGGACCAGUUUGAGACCCGAAAGACCCUGAUCCUCAUCCUGGAGCUGUGCUCGUCGGAGGAACUGCUGGACCGCCUGUUCAGGAAGAGUGUGGUGACAGAGGCCGAGGUCAAGGUCUACAUCCAGCAGCUGGUGGAGGGGCUGCACUACCUGCACGGCCAAGGCAUCCUCCACCUGGACAUAAAGCCCCCCAACAUCCUGAUGGUGCAUCCUGCGCGGGAAGACAUUAAAAUCUGCGAUUUUGGCUUUGCCCAAAAAAUCACCCUGGCAGAGCCGCAGUACAGCAAGUACGGCUCCCCUGAGUUUGUGGCCCCUGAGAUCAUCGAGCAGACCCCUGUGAGCGAGACCUCCGACAUCUGGGCCAUGGGGGUCAUCUCCUACCUCAGCCUGACCUGCUCGUCCCCAUUUGCUGGCGAGAGUGACCGAGCAACCCUUCUGAAUGUCCUGGAAGGGCGGGUGUCCUGGAGUAGCCCCAUGGCCACCCACCUCACUGAGGAUGCCCAGGACUUCAUCAAGGCUGCUCUGCAGAAGGCCAUGGAGGCCCGGCCCAGUGCCGCCAAGUGCCUUGCCCACCCUUGGUUCCUGAAGUCUGUGCCUGCAGAGGAGGCCCACUUCAUCAACACCAAGCAGCUGAAGUUCCUCCUGGCCCGCAGCCGCUGGCAGCGCUCCCUGAUGAGCUACAAGUCCAUCCUGGUGAUGCGUUCCAUCCCGGAGCUGCUCCAGGGCCCGCCCGACAGCCCAUCCCUCGGGGUGGCCCGGCACCUGCGUGGUGAUGCCAGUGCCUCCUCCAGCAGCUCUUCCUCCUCCGACAACGAGCUGGCACCGUUUGCCCGGGCCAAGUCGCUGCCCCCCUCCCCGGUGACCCACUCCCCGCUGCUGCACCCCCGGGGCUUCCUGCGGCCUUCCGCCAGCCUGCCUGAGGAGGCCGAGGCCUGCCCACCCGCCGCAGCCUCGCCUCUGCCUGCGUCGCCCCAGGGUGCACAGCCCCCAGCUGCCCUGGGCUGUGUGCCCCGGCAGAGUGUCAUCCGAAGCCUGUUCUACCAGCAGGUGGGCGAGGGCCCAGAGCUGGGGGGCGUGUCCGCGGGCAGCAGACGGCACCCCGCCCGGCGGCGGCACCUGCUCAAGGGUGGCUACUUCUCGGGCGUCCUGCCCGGCCUUCGAGAGCCACUGCUGGAGCACCGUGCGCUGGAGGAGGAGGCUGCCAGGGAGGAGCAGGCCACCCUGAUGGCCGAAGCACCCUCCCUAGAGGCCGCCCUGCAGAUGCCCAGUGCAAGCGCCCAUGAGGCCUCUGGCUUCAGCCGCUCCCUGGACCUUGACUGGCUGAACACGGCCAGCCCCUCUGCCAAGGCCUGCAGCGAGGGGCAGUGUUCCGCUCUGGGCCCCUCGAGCCCUCAGGGGGCCCACGGAGAGAGCAUGCCUGGAGGGGAUGCACGUGCCAGGGAGGAGGAGCACCCAGAGGGGUCCCUGCAGGGGCUGAGACUACUUCCGUCCACCGGUGGUGAUGGGUGCUCCCCUCAGCAAGAGGGGUCAUUCCAGGACAGCUGUGGAGGGCAGGCUGCCCCUUUCUUUCAACCCCAGAGGAGUCCUGCCCCCCAGGACUGUGGCACCCCUGCUGCUUUGGCACCACAACCUCCUGGCUCCUUCCCGCCAGGGCACUGCACAGAGCCCCUCUUGACAUCCCCGAGCCCUUUCUUCUCAGGAAAGCCACAGGCCUCCCUCUCCCCAGCCCAAGCAAGCCCCCAGCCAGACUCUGAGAGAGGGCUGAAGGACAUCCCUCGUGCCGGGAGGCCCGAUCCACCCAAACCCCCAGAGCCAGCCUCCCAUGUGGGCAUGGAGCCCAGGCCCCCCUUGGACACUGAAGGCCUGUCCCAGGAGACAGAGGGCCUGUCCCAGCCUUCGCCCAGCCCACAGCGGCCUCAGGAGCUGGCAACCACACGGAAGUUCUCCCUGGGAUGCCAUGGGGGCUACGCGGGGGUGGUGGGCUACGGCACCUUUGCCUUUGGUGGGGAUGCCGGUGGCAUGCUGGGUCAGGGCCCCCUGUGGGCCAGAAUGUCCUGGGCCGCCUCUCAGUCCUCGGAGGAGGAGGAGGAGGAGGAGGCAGGGGCCGGGAGCCCACCACCCCAGGCCAGCACAGUGCCUCUACCUGAGGGUGGCAGGGCCCUCCCGAGGGCCUCCCAGGAGGUGAGCUCAUGGGAAGACUUAAGUGGGGGCUCUCAGGUGUCGCUCGUACAGAUCCGGGACCUGUCCAGGGACCUGGAAGCGGCUGACACUGUGUCUCUGGACAUCUCGGAGGUGGAUCCUGCCUACCUCAAUUUGUCUGACCUGUACGACAUCAAAUACCUCCCGUUGGAGUUCAUGACCUUCAAGAAGGUCCCCAAGCCUGUGGAGCCAGAGCUGCCACCCUCCCCCGAGUCUGAGGCUGGGGAGGAGCUGGCUGAGCUCCCAGAGGCCACAUGGUCCUGGCCGGGUAUUCUGGGCCCGCCAGAAAGCCUGGAGAUCACAGAGGAGCCAGAGGACAUGCAGGCCCUGCUCGGGGAGGCUGCUGGUGGCAGCAAGCGCAAGUGGUCACCCCCUUCCAGCAGUCUCUUCCACUUCCCCGGGAGGCAGUCACUGCUGGAGGAGCCCACAGAGCUGGGGCUACGCCGGAGAGUGAGGGCCUCGGUGGCCCAUAUCUCCCGCCUCCUGAGGGGCAGGCCCGCAGGUCUGGAGAAGGAAGGCCCCCGCAGGAAGAAGGCAGGCCUAGCUUCCUUCCGCCUAUCAGGCCUGAAGAGCAGGGACCAAGCACCAUCGUUCCUAAGGGAGCUCUCGGAUGAGAUGGUGGUCCUGGGCCAAUCUGUGACUCUGGCCUGCCAGGUGUCGGCCCAGCCAGUUGCACAGGCCACCUGGAGUAAAGAUGGGGCUCUUCUUGAGAGCAGCAGCCGCCUCCUCAUCUCCUCCACGCUCAAGAACUUCCAGCUUCUGACCAUCCUGGUGGUGACUGCCGAGGACCUGGGCGUGUACACGUGCAGUGUGCGCAACGAGCUGGGGACGGCGGCCACCACAGCCAUUCUCCGGAAGGCAGAGCGCCCCUCUUCCUCCCCACGCCCCGACAUCGGGGAGGUGUAUGCGGACGGGGUGCUGCUGGUCUGGAAGCCUGUGGAGUCGUAUGGCCCUGUGACCUAUAUCGUGCAGUGCAGCCUGGAAGGCGGCAGCUGGAGCACGCUGGCCUCGGACAUCUUUGACUGCUGCUACCUCACUGGCAAGCUUUCUCGGGGCGGGGUGUACACCUUCCGGACGGCCUGUGUCAGCAAGGCGGGCAUGGGCCCCUACAGCAGCCCCUCGGAGCAGGUCCUCCUGGGAGGGCCCAGCCACCUGGGUGAGCCACUCUGCAGGGCUCUACGGAAUGCGCCGUGCCACUUCACCUCUGAAGAGGAGAGCGGUGCCUCCGGGCCAGCCCAGCCCCUCCCCAGCAUGCAGACCUUCGCCUUCCAGACACAGAUCCGAAGGGGCCGCUUCAGCGUGGUGCGGCAGUGCCGGGAGAAGGCCAGUGGACGCGUGCUGGCUGCCAAGAUCGUGCCCUGCCACCCUGAGGACAGGACUGCCGUGCUGCGGGAAUACGAGACCCUCAAGGGCUUGCGCCACCCCCACCUGGCACAGCUGCAGGCUGCCUACCUCAGCCCCCGACACCUGGUCCUCAUCCUGGAGAUGUGCUCUGGGCCUGAGCUGCUCCCUUGUCUGGCCGAGAGGUCCUCCUACUCAGAAUCAGAGGUGAAGGACUAUCUGUGGCAGAUGCUAAGUGCUGCCCAGUACCUGCACGCCCAGGGUAUCCUGCAUCUAGACCUCAGGUCCGAGAACAUGAUUGUCACAGAGUACAACCUGCUCAAGGUCAUCGACUUUGGAAACGCCCAGAGCUCCGCCCAGGAGAGGGUCCUGCCCUCGGAGAGUUUCAAGGACUACGUGGAGACCAUGGCUCCGGAGCUCCUAGAGGGCCAGGGUGCCGUCGCGCAGACCGACAUCUGGGCCAUAGGUGUCACGGCCUUCAUUAUGUUGAGCGCUGAGUACCCGGUGAGCAGCGAGGGAACGCAAGACCUGCAGAAAGGCCUGCGCAAGGGGCUCAUCCAGCUGAGCCGCUGCUACGCGGGGCUGUCCGGGGGCGCUGUGGCCUUCCUCCGAAGCACGCUGUGCGCGCACCCCUGGGGCCGCCCAAGCGCGUCCAGAUGCCUGCAAUGCCCGUGGCUGACCGAGGAGGGCCCCGCCAGCUCCCAGCCUGCGGCCGUGACCUUCCCCACAGCAAGUCUGCGCGCCUUCGUGAGAGAGCGCGAGAAGAGGCGGGCGCUGCUGUACAAAAAACACAACCUGGCCCAGGUGCGCUGAACGCCUGGCCCUGUGGGACCGCACCUCUCAGUCUUUCAGGACGCCCUUCAUAUGCACACACACAUCAAUAAAAAGCAGAACUGGA